AUGCACACUCCUUUCGUAUGUUGUAUGCCCGCCCACCAGCACUCGAGCAGCAGCAGGCCCGUGCAGGUGACACUGGUGGACGCUACAGGUGGAGGGUACUUUAAGAGAAUGCUAAGAGAUGCUCACAUGCUCACUCCAUGUGCUCUGCAUGCUCACUCCAUGUGCUCUGCAUGCUCAUUCCAUGUGCUCUCCUAUUUUAUGUGUGCCCGCCCGCCUGCCCACCAGCACACGAGCAGCAGCAGGCCCGUGCAGGUGACGCUGGUGGACGCCACAGGCAUUGGCGCAGGUGCUUCAGGCGUGUCAGGGGGGCUGCUGCAUCCCUUCUCUCCCAAAGGCACGUCGCGUUGCCGUGCCCCGUGCCAUGCCGUGCCGUGCUGUGCCGUGCCGUGCCGUGCCGUGCCGUGCCGUGCCGUGCCGUGCCGUGCCGUGCCGUGCCGUGCCGUGCCGUGCCGUGCCGUGCCGUGCCGUGCCGUGCCGUACUUCUGCCCCAUGCUCGUCCUUCCUAACGCCAUACCUCACAUCCCUGCGUUCCCCCCACAUCCUUCUCCCACCCCCUUUCCCCACUCCCUUCCUUUCCACGCCCGUCCCCCACCCCUCCCCUUCUCCGCCCCUCCCAGGGCGGCUGCUGUGGAGGGGCGAGGAGUUUUUUUUUUAAGUGGACGCAAAAAUCAUAUCACCCAAACCCCUCCCCCUCUCUCCACCCUUCUAGGGCGGCUGCACUGGAGGGGCGAGGAGGGGUGGCGGUGCACCCUGGAGCUACUAGCAGUGGUGGAGGGGGAGCUCAGGCUCUUUGCUCUACUGCCAUUCCCCAUACUCCGUCCAUACACCCCUGUUCUCAGUGCACAUUCCAUCUUCUCACGCCCUCCCCCGCCCCAACCCCGCAGGGCGGCUGCUGUGGAGGGGCGAGGAGGGGUGGCGGUGCACCCUAGAGCUACUAGCAGUGGCGGAGGGGGAGCUCAGGCGGAGGGGCGAGGAGGAGGGGGAGGGGGAGGGAGAGGGGGAAGAGGGGGAGGGAAGCAGAGAGUGGGGUGGGUGGGAGGCAGACGAGGUGGAGGAGCAGGGCGAGGGAGGACCCAGGCGCUCCCUUAUCUUGCGCAGCCCGCUCUACUUACCUCCUCCCCUCACCCCAGCGCCCACCCCUCCUGUGCGAUGCUCGUGCCAGAAGCCCUCACCAUCCACCCGCGAGUCUAUCUCAAGUCCCUGUGGGGUGCAUGUGUGCGCUUCGCCAAAGUCGCAUCUCAUCUCUCCUCCUUCUCACUCUCUCGAGGCCACAUCCUUCACCUCUCCCCUCCUCCUUCCUCCCACUCCUCUCCUUCCUCCACACUCUCUCCACCCGCACCUGCCUCCGCGCCUCCCCUCUUCCCAGCAUCUGCUCCCAGUCUCCUCGGCUCCACAUGGGUGUCUGCCCGCGCUCCUCACCGCAUUGCUGUUGGUGCCACCAACCACAACCUCCCGCUCCCCCCUGUGCCUUUUACAUCCGAUCCUUCUUUUCCCCACAGCACCAGCACCAGCACCAGCACCACCACCACCACCAACACUCCAUCACCUUCCCCCUUCGCACCCUUCCCACCUCCCCCUCCCGAUGAAAUCGCUGCAGCCUCGGCCACCCUUGUCACCUCCCUCACCUCCCUUCUCCCAGCUCUUUCCUCCUGGGAAGUCGUGCGCAGCGUGACAGGCAUAAGGGCUAUGCCCCCUCGCUCAUCCCUAGGCCGUGUGCCAGUGGCGGGACGAGUGGAAGGGGUGCUGCUAGGGGUAGUGGGUGGAGGGAGCAAGGGGAGGAAUGGGGGUGGGGAGGAGGUGGGGAGGGGUCGUGCGUUGGGAGGGAGUGAAUGUGCAGGAGAAGAGGGCGUGGAGGACGGUGGUGUUGCUGGUGUGGAGGGAGGCGGUGUUGCUCUUGCUGCUCCUGCUGCCCAACCGGGCCCAUCGGUGUGGAUAGUGGGAGGCCUUGGAUCACGCGGUCUGAUAUACCAUGGGUGGGUGGCGAAACACGCUGCUGCAGCAGCAGUGGGUGGAGAUGAGGGGUUGCUACCCCCUGAACUGCUGUGGUGGAAACAGCAGGGCGGAAAGAGCAAGGUGGAGAGAGGACGGGGAAAAGAGCCGAGGAGGAACGAUGGUAGAAAGGAAGGGAGGGGAGGGAAAAGUGAUAGUGGGUGA